GGCCGGCAGCCUCCGGAGCCUCGGGACAGACGCGGUUUGAGUCGCAGCAGCGCCUUCUCCCCGGCAGCAGCGCUCGCUCUCUCGCUCGCUCUCCCCAGCCCGACCGUCCCGUCCUGCCCCAGCCUCGCCACCCGCGGGCUGCCCAGACGCCGGCUGCCAGCCUAGGAGCGGGGGGGAGAAGUUUGCCAGCAACUUAGCGGAGAAGGAAAGGCCGGAGGCGGGAGGAGGCAGGAGAGGAGGAGGAGGAGCAGGGGCAGGAGCAGCCUGCGCCGGCCCGCGCCGAGCCCGCAGCGAGUUGGGAACCGGGGCGCGCAGCUAUGAGCCCGUGGCUCAGUCUUGUGGUGCUUCUCAGCAGCUGGAGCCUGAGGGACCUGGGGGCGGACGCGUGCACUUGUUCGCCGAGUCACCCUCAGGACGCCUUCUGCAACUCGGACAUCGUGAUCCGUGCCAAGGUGGUGGGGAAGAAGCUGGUGAAGGAGGGACCCUUUGGGACACUGAUAUACACCAUCAAGCAGAUGAAGAUGUACAGGGGCUUCAGCAAGAUGCCCCACGUGCAGUACAUCCACACGGAAGCUUCAGAGAGCCUCUGUGGGCUGAAGCUGGAAGUCAACAAAUACCAGUAUCUGAUAACAGGCCGAGUAUAUGACGGCAAGAUGUACACGGGUCUGUGCAACUUUGUGGAGAGGUGGGACCGGCUCACCCUCUCCCAGCGCAAGGGGCUCAAUUAUCGCUACCACCUGGGCUGCAACUGCAAGAUCAAGUCAUGCUAUUACCUGCCCUGUUUCGUGACUUCCAAGAACGAGUGUCUCUGGACGGACAUGCUCUCUAACUUCGGCUACCCAGGGUACCAGUCCAAGCACUACGCCUGCAUCCGGCAGAAGGGGGGCUACUGCAGCUGGUACAGGGGCUGGGCGUCCCCUGACAAGACAAUCAUCAACGCCACAGACCCCUGAGCUGCCGUCUCUCCCCUUCCCCCUCCCUUCCCUCUUCCGGCUGAGCUUCCUUCGGACACUAACUCUUACCAGAUGAUGACAAUGAAAUUAGUGCCUGUUUUCUGAUUUAGCACUUCGAACACUUAAAAGGAAAAAUCUAUGCCGUCAUACUGAGUUUAUUUUUAAUCACAUUUCCCUCCCCCCCUUCUUUUUGGCUUUGACAUCACCUGUUUCCACCUGGGGAAAUCUAUGAUGGCUUGCCAGAAAUGAACAAGGAGAGCAAACUUCUUUUAUCAGCGUCUAUAUAAUCUAUAUUUUUUUAGGAAAACAAAAAUCUAAAAACUAUCCCGGUUGGGCAUUGUAAUCCCUUCUGUCCCUUCCCCUUGCUCCUUCCCUCUUUUUCCCCAGUGCACAAAGUAUAUACAGACAAGGCAUUUUCUGAAGGGAGGGGAUGAUGGGAUGGGCCGAGAUUAACAAGGAAGCAAAUCCCGAGGCAUGGGGGGAGAUGGGAUUGGAAACCCCAAUAGCCUCUUGGAACUCUUGUCUGCAUGUACGAUGGCCAGCUUGUACGCCGGAGAGCGUGAAGUGAGGGGGAGCACGCUUGUGUGCGCCCCCAGCCCCUUGCAGACCCCCCCACCUUCUAGACUGCCCUGUUUCAGCAGGGCAGAGCCAGGAGGAAAUGUGCCCGCCUUUUACAGCAGACCAGGUGAAAGGCUCCUAGAAACUCUGUGAUCUCUGUUUGGCAGGGAGCUCGCCAUGUACAUUCAAGAACUUUAUCCCCCUAGGUCUUAGCUGGAGUCCUUUUAGAAUGUUGCUUGGAGAACACCAUUGCCCAAUUAGCUUUCAGCUCAAAGAGGGAGGGGAGGGAAUGUAUUUAGGUGCACAUAUACCUAUAGCCACACAGAGGUAUAAGCUAAGUUUUUUACAGGACACAGAAUUACAUUCAAUGCUGUUGACAUCCUCUUUCUCCCUGCCUUUUUUGUUUCAAGAUGGAAACCCUGACAUUCCAAGUUGUUGGCUUUUGAUAUUAAAAUUUUCCAACUCCAGGAAGGAGCCCAGAGCCUUUAGAAUCUCUCCUCCCCAGCUUCCUAGGCUAGUGACCUCAAUAUGGCAGCUGGGGCCACGAGAUGGGAGACGUAGGGGUGGGGAGAACAGAAUCUGCCUUCUUCACUUAACGGAAUGUCCAUCCCCUCAUUGUUUCUAGCAAGGGCUGGAUUGUACAGCUUCCCCUUUCCCAGCUUCCCUUUGCCGGACCCAUGGUGGGCUUCUUCCCUGUCCCCACAGCCUAGCAAGUGGUGUUAGAGGCUAGAGAGGUUGAUUUUUUUUGCUGUUGGCUGAAGGGCUUUUUAUUGUCUUUUGAUUUUUUUAAAAAGAAAACUAUAAUAUAAAUUCUCUUAUUAAAUAAAAUUAUUUUAAGUUUUAAUGUUGAUAAAUAGGAGAUACUGAGAAAAUGGUUGAUGUGCAUUUUACAGAGUUUUGGGGGUGGUGACAUUUAACACAAGUUUUUCUUUUUCUUUUUUUUUUUUUAAGAUUAUAAUUAUUUAUCAAACAUGAUUUUGAACCUUCAGUUCAUUCCACUUUAGGAAACAGAGCUGCUCUGCUUUCUGGUUUUGUUUUGUAUUUUAAAUCACCAACAAGAUGCUUCUGCCUGUACAUACACAUAUAUCCCCUAACCCCAUUUGAAAUAACCCCCUGCCAUUGUCUUUCUGACCCGGAGAGCAUCAAGGCAAGACAAGGAGAUAACCAUACUGCCGGAAACAACAGAGUGUGCCCAUGAAUAACUAAGGCUUCUUGUUACCUCAAACUAGAGUAUUUAGCCUUUGUAUAGCCCCCCCCCAGACUAGAAAUGGGGUAUCCUGAAUUCUAGUUUCCUCGAGACCCGAGUGUCACCUUUUUGGUGGCCAUCAUGGGUGAUCUCCAAAAAGAUCAUGGUAAUGGAGAACUUCAGUAAGACCUAAAAGAAACAAAAAAGCAAAUGCUGGAUGGCCUCUAGGGAAGACAGAGACGAUACUAGGGGGGAUCCCACCUCUCUCUGACAGCUUCAGACCAGGGCAGAGACAAUGGGGUCUUGAUAAAAGAAAAGAAAAAAAAAGUCUCUUGUGUGAUGUCCAAGGGUGAUUACCGAGCUUGCUAUAAGCUACAGCUUUGUUGACUAUAUCUGUUCACUUAAUGUUUAAUUCAAGGUCAUUUAUGUAGCUGAGUCAUCUCAGUACUUCAAAUUAUUGUUAAUUUUUUUGUUUUGUUUUGCUAAGUUCUGUGUUGUACGUAGGUCGUAAUAUCUGCACAUUUAUUUUUUCAAAGCAAAACUAGACACUUCCCCUACCCCCAUAUUCCACCAAAUUUUAUUAAUAUUUUGAAAAGUAAAACAUUUGAAGUGUAGAAAGCCAGACUGGCAAAAAAUGUGGAGGAUCAGAGAGCAAAUAACUCUUUGCUUCCGUGGGGAGAAGGGACGUUUGAUUUGGGCAUGCCCUUGGGUGGCAAGAAUUUUUCUGGUGGAAGAGAGUAAAAAGAGAACAAUCCAGGCCAGAAAAAAAAGCUUAAAAAGAGUCGCAUGACUGGUGAAAACGUGGAAUCUUGUCCUAUGGACGUAAAAACAAAUCUGGAGGAGGGUGGCUCUGGAUUGAGCUAUUUUCCUCCCAUGAGCGUCAGAAGUUUGUUGGCUCUCCUGGCCUUCUCUUUCACUCCCAACCUACCCAUUAGCAAUACCCAGAAUCCCAACAGAUCAGGAAUUUGAUUUCAGAUGCGGUCAUCCUACCUGGCCAGGUGAUGUCCGUUUUCCCUCCUCUCUAACGCCAAACCACGAUCAUGGCGGUUCUGGAGAUAAUCAGUGCAAGAUCCCCAUAGCUUCAUCUUGUUCACUUUCCCCGAUUCUUGGGAAAGGACCAAUUGGACCAGGGGAGGGGAGCUAGAAGCCAGCAGCCAAUUGGAAACAUACUUCCCAACAGACACGAGAGUCUUGCCUCUUUGGAAUGAUUUGUCGUCCCUCCGUUCUCUCCACCUCAUUCACGGACACCAUCAGCUCUGACAGGGGUGGAAAGUGGAGUCAGGUAGGGUAGUGCCUGAGAGUCUUUGCUUCUGGCUACUUUUUGAAAAAAGAAAAGGUCAUCUGGGUAGCUGAAAGGGAGACAGGAGUCAACCUGUGCGGGACUUUGGCCCAGUGAAAGAGCCAUGGGGGAGUUGAGCAGACCUAGAAUCGAGAGCUGGAAAGAGCCUUCAAGGUCAUCUUGUCCAAUCCUCUCUUUUUGCAGAAGAGGAAAGUUCAGUGAUCACCCCAAAGUGACAAAGCAGGGAUUCAAACCCAGGUCCUCUGAUGCUGGAUCCAGCCCUAUUUCUGCUUUACAAAAGCUUCUCAAUUAGAGCCCCCUCUCCCACCUCGGUCAAGAGAAAAAGCAUGAGAUAGAGGGAGUAGAUUCUCUGGCACUGAUCAAGCCCUCCAAAUGAGCUCGUGGCACCCACGGGCAUCUAAACUGUCUCCAGCCCUUCGGUGUAGCCAGUCUGCCGUCCUCAUGUUACGGGAGGGAAAAGCACCAGGAGAAAACCUUGUCUGGAAGGAAUGUAUUUGUCGCUAAAUUUUGUAGCACUGUUUACAGUUUUCCUCCAUGUUAUUUAUGAAUUUUAUAUUCCGUGAAUGUAUAUUGUCUUGUAAGGUCAUGUGGCAUAAUGUUCACUUUUUAUAGUGUGUCCUUUAUUCUAAAUAGUAAAGUGGUUUUAUCUCUAUCACAAA